AGGUCCUGCGGUCCCUACCGGUGCGGCGGUGGGGACGGCCCUAUGUAAGGCCCUGAGAGCGACCUGGUCCAGCCCAUCCAGCAUCAGAACAACCGCGCGUCAGGAUUCGCGUCCGCCCGACCAUCGAUAUUCGAUUAUCAUCGCGUUCGAGUAAGAUUAGCCGCGAGAGAAGAAACUUUGCUUUUUCGUCCCGGUGAAGGGACGUCGACCCUUCUCAAAGAAGCGUGAGACGGGAAAAACACAGAGAGAAAGAUGAGGGCGAACGUGACGUUGUUUUUUGUAGUUCUUGCUCUAGGACUCGCGGACGCGGCCCGGAGGAGAGUCAGGUCCACGACAGCGAAGGUGACGACGACGUCGUCACCGUUCGUCGGCAGGCAGCUCGGUUUUGCUGGACAGCCCGAAGAAUUAGAUACGCUGUGGGAUAACUACGACAUUCAGAAGUUGGAUUCCCGUUCGGAGAUCUGGAAGAACCCGAACGACACGUUGAACCAUCAGGAAGUCAUUUUCGGCCGACAAUAUCCGGGACUUCCGAUUAAUCCGGGCGAUACGAACGAGCUCCCGAGUCCCAUUUCGCCGCAACCGUCGCCUCCGCCGCAGAAGCUCCCGCCGGGCUGCUUGGGUUCGAGGGGUCAGUACUCGAGUUUGAAGAGCUGCGCCGAUUACUUGAACUGUUGGGACGACGUGGUGGUCGAGCAAACUUGUCCGGCCGGGUUGCUCUUCAACGAUAUCACCAACGUCUGUGACUUCCCCUACAACGUCAAAUGCGGCGAACGACCGCCCGCUACGCCAAAGCCGUCGUUGCCGGCGGGAUCGAAACUGUGUCCAGAUCCGAACGGACGUUACAGGAGUUCCACCAACUGCUCGGAAUUCUACGUGUGCGUCGCCGGAAAACCUUGCAAGUUCAGCUGUCCUCGCGGCUUGGUCUAUAGUGACAUGGGAAUUUGCGAUUAUACAUACAACGUGGACUGCCAAGGAACAGCUACACCGGAACCUACGCAACUACCGUCGACUCAACCACCUUGGCAGUCACCGUCGGAUCUUCCUUCUCCUUUACCUACUUACGCCCCUCAACCAUUACCUUCGAAUCUUCCUCCCGCUUACGGUCCUCAGCCAUCUCGACCACCAUCUCGACCACCUACGAAACCCUCUCAACCACCUACGAAACCCCCUAAACCACCCACAAAACCGCCUCAACCAUCUACAAAACCGCCUCAACCACCUUCAAAACCGCCUCAACCAUCUUCAAAACCUACUCGACCACCUUCAAUACCUACUCGACCGUCUGCAAAGCCUACUCAGUUACCUUCAAAACCACCCGCUUAUGCUCCUCCGCCACAACCUCCGAGCUACGCUCCCCAACAACCAUCUUACGCUCCUCAACCGCAACCACCAAGUUAUCACCCGCAACCUAAUCCACCGCCGCCUCCUCCUCCGUAUUCCGGCAAUCCCUGGCUGACUAAAAUCGAAACCGAUCCCUUUCAUCAGCAACCCGUGGCGUCUCAAUUAGAGAUCGACCAGACGAGAAAACAAGCGGAAAUUUCGGUUAAUGAAGGUCAACCAUUAGACAACCUGUCUGCUCAGAAUGCGACGGAAACACCGACUCUGACGAACCCGUGGACUUUCUUUCAAGUAAUACCGCCCGAGCUGAUGAACACUCCUUGUAAUGACGGCGACCUACACAGACUCAACGAUUCUUGUACUAGUGUAGUGGUUUGUAGAAACAACAAGCUUCAGGUGGUGAGAUGUUUGUUGGGUUUCUCUUACGACAGACCGACGGAUUCCUGUAGGCCCAUCAGCGUUGCCAAGUGCUAAUUGACGAGAACUUCUCGAGAACUCGCGCUUCGUACACUAAGAAUGCGUAUCGAUCGCGAAUUUCGCUCAAGUAACAGUUUCACUUAAAAUCGCGUUAAUUAUUUCUUAUUACUUUGUGCGAGAAUAAUGAAACUACAAACAAUAAUUAAAAAUGACCGCAGUAAGCGAAUUGAGAAGAUAAUCGGAGAACGUACAAGAGAUACAACAGACAUAUUUAACGAUUCAGUUUCUUUUUUACGCACUCAUCUCCUCAAUGUAACACUUUAUAAAGAAAGCAAAAGCUCUCUGAUAUUGUAAUCGAAUCUGUAAAUAAAUAC